ACAACAAUGGCGACGGCGAUCAGCUACAAGGCGAAUUCUGGCCGUUCCAAUGAUGUGGAAGACCCACCUCGCUAUUCAGAGAAUGAUAAUACUGCAGACAGAGACAACCUGCCAUCCUAUGAGGCUACAGCACUAUCACAGGACCCCCCACCAUCAUACGAAUCACUGUAUGGGAGGAUCAAGGCAGCACGAAGUGAAUCCACAGGAUUCUUAAACUUCAUGAAAACUUUCAUCAUCAUUAUCCUGUCGACAAUUGGCUUUACGAUCAUUCUUGGAGUUUUCAUAGCUAUUCCUCUGGCAAUGCUCAUAAUGGGUUCUAUUCAUUUGGAUCAUUGCCCUGCUGAACGUAUGAUUCCGAUCUAUUUAAUUGUGUCUGGAUGUGCUGGAAUCGUAAGAAAUGUGUACAGUCUCAUCCAGCGAUGUCGCAAGACUGAACAAGAGAGAGAGGAGGAUCAGGCUAAAGUCAAUCCUGCAGAGUCUGUGGCAAACUGCUUUUUGAUUGCUUGGUUCAUUACUGGCUGUGUAUACAUUUACCGGACAAGGAACAGCUUCCAGCAUGACACCAAAGGCGAUAGUGAUUACUGUGAUUAUAACCUUUAUUGGUUUGCCUUCUGGAUAACCACCGCAGUCUACAUCAUCAUGGCUGCCUCCUGUUUUUGCGUUUGCUGCCUAGGUUGCUUGGCUUCCUUUGUUGGAAAGAAUAAUGAGUAG